AUGUUUAAUGUUAAGAACGCAGCCAGGCCAAAAGCUAUCUUCACACUAUGGAUUCGGUUGAAUAGAAAGCUAGCAACAGUGGAUAGACUUGCUAAAUGGGGAUUGGUACAUGAUACAACCUGUGUACUGUGUAAAAAUGUGGAUGAAAGUCUGGAUCAUAUGUUCUUACAGUGUCAUUAUGCAGGGGAAGUAUGGGAAAGAGUAUUAACAUGGGCUGGUAUUCACAACAACAGGCCAAAGACUUGGGCACAGUUUAUGCAAUGGAGUAUUCAACAUGGGAAAGGGAAGACUACAAAAGCUCAACUAUUCAAGAUGAUCCUAGUUGAAGGUGUCUAUGCUGUGUGGAAUGAGAGAAACAAGAGAAUUUUUGAAGACAAGAAGUGCUUGAUAGAUGAGGUAGUUAAGAAUAUAGCCUAUGUAACUACUGUUAGAUCUCCUAUUAGUAUUAACAAGAUUAUUAGUCAUAGGAAGAUUUGA